AUGGCUCUUCAUCGCUCGUCUAUGUCCAGCAGAAGGGGAUCUAAGAACGAUUCACAGAAAGACGACGGCGAAACGGACAAUAAUGGAUAUAUACAAAUACUGGUAAAACCUCUCGAACAAGGACAUUUUAAUCUUAUGCUGAAUUGGUUUGGUAUACACAAUUUCUCGACCCAGCAAGUCGGAGCAGCAUAUGGAAUAGUCAUUCUCCUAGGCAGUGUGUUAUUUUACCAACUUGUGAAAUGCGAUCUUGGUUCGUAUUUUCAACGACUAUGUGGGGUGCUUGUACCAAUGUUUACAAUAAUGUGUUGUUUCUACUGGUUGUCACUUUAUUUAAGACAAAGUUGGAACACGACAAGUGUUUAUUUUCUAUUUUCAUCUUGUUUUGUGGGAGAGACCAUAGCUCAAAUUCUCAUCAGCAACUGGUUUGGGGGCACAGGAAAUUCUCCCCCUCAGGACACUGGAGGGGGUGGAGAAAUAACCUCUUUCAGUCCAACAACACAGCCCUUUGUAGUUUUUAUUGUGCUCUUUUCCGUUUGCACUGCUAGUGUAUUUUCGUCUCUGGAAACUAUACACAGUGCUGUGGUCAUAACACUUGUAAGUUUCAGCAGAUUUUUGGCAUGUUCAUCUUUAGGCGAUUUGCCUUCAAGUCUCAGACCAUAUUUGGCUUACAUUUGUGGUCUUGUUGGAAUUAUCAUAUCUAAAUAUAUGGAAACAAUAUUAAAGCCUCCGAUAAAUAACUUCAUGACACACGAUGGGAAAAUAUCGGUCAUAAAGAGACGACGAUCAAGUUCUUCAAGUGCACAUGCGUUUUCCGCUCAUAGAUCGGCAAGACGUACAUCAUUACCAGCUUUGAUACCAAAAUCACAGGUAGGAGCCAAGAUCGACAAGUCGGACUCUAAGAGACAGAUGGCAAGUCAACGCCCGAUUGUCUCUCAGCACAUUAAAGCGGAAACUAAAAGCUGGUGGACUUUCUUCACGUCGUCCUAUCCGACGUCCUCUUCUCACCCAGAGACAUAUCCACGACCGAUUGCAGUGGUGCAACACAUGGCGCAGUUGGAAUAUUCGGUCAUGGAGACGUGUUCAUUGGUCUGA